UGGCGGAAGUUGGAAACAGGGAGACCGGUGUCGAAACGAAACCCCAGCUAUACUGCGAUUGGAUGGGAGACUUGCCACCAAGAUUAUGCAGGGAACCACUCAAGAAUAUUGCGAUUCCAGGUUCUCACAACUCUGGUUCAUACUUCCUAGACCUGUCUUCUGGAGUGGCACCAGGCUCCCCAGACACCAUACGCCAUCUGGUCUCAAUGUUUGGUAGUGCUGCCAAGAAUAUCAUACAAAAUUGGUCUGUGUGCCAGACUCUGUGUUUCCGUGACCAACUGGAACAUGGGGUUCGAUAUUUUGACAUGCGCAUAUCCAAGCAAGAUGGAAAGCCAGAUAUCCACCUGGCACAUGGUUUAUUUGCCGGCAGAGUCAUCGAUGCCAUGAAUGAAAUCAAUAAAUGGCUGGAUGAGCAUCCCAAAGAAGUGGUGCUCAUCGAUUUCAAUCACGUGUAUCAGAUGGAUGAAACACAUCACUUGGAUCUGUUUGACAAAUUUGCGGAUAUUUUCAGUCACAAAAUCUGUCCUCGCAUGGACUGUAAAGAUUGCACCCUUGAGUUUCUCAGAGAAAACAAAUGGCAGGUCAUCAUAUUUUACCAAGACGAUUUCGCUGAAGAAUACCCCACCAUGUGGACAAGCCAGGCAAUUUAUGCUCCCUGGCCGCAAACGCCUGAGCCUGCCAAAAUGGUGAACCGAUUGGAAGCUUUCCACACAAGGGGAAGGCACCUGGAUAAGUUUCAUGUCACCCAAGGAAUUCUCACCCCGACUGGAACAACAGUGUUGGGAAACUUGGGCAGUAGUCUGAAAGACUGUUUAGCUGCAUCGGCAAUCAGGAAUUUGCAAUUUUUUCUGAAGGAGAAGAAGAUAGGAGAGAAAGGCAUCAAUAUUGUUUUGGUGGACUUUGUUGAGAUGGGUGAUUUCAUACCUACUGUACUUUCUCUCAACUCCAAGGAAUAG